GGCUUUUUCGGUGAAACGACGCAGGAAAGACUGUCGUCGACUCUUCAUUGUAAACAUUUUGGCGAGACGUACGGCAGCAGCUGAAGCGGGUUGAUGUGCUCUGGUCUGCGCAACGGCUCAGGGGCCCGGUCGACGCGUCCUGGUUCGCGUUAUAGUUUUCAGAUGGUCCAGCGUUAUAGCCGAAGCCGGGGACACGGUCCGUCGCUGAGAUAAGCGGCUAGCCUUAGCCGAAUAGCUACUUCAACAGCGGAAAGCUGUUUUUUUCUUUUACCGGGAGACGGCAGCAUAAAACAAGGCAACAUGUUCAGUCACCAUCACCAGCAGCAGCAGCAGCAGUUCCACCAGCACCUGCGGCAGCUCCAGCAGCUCUUCCAGCACCAGCAGCCGCCGCCGCCGCCUCCUCCUCCGCCACCACCGCCGCCGCCGCCCUCCUCACACCACAUCGCGCAUCACCACCACCAAGGAAACCGGCCCUUGGCCGCUGCAGCCCCAGCGCCUCCCCCGGCUCCCCCCCCGCCUCGGGUGGUCAACCUGUGCUCCCCCACCCCGGCCACCAUCAUCGCUGCCAACCCCAUGCUGCAGGGAGCCUUGCUCAUGCAGCAAAUGCAAGGAAAUCUUCGGGGGUUUGCGGUGGGGGGGCAGCAGUUCGCGCAGUUCUUCCCCGCCGGGGCCCGGCCUUCGCUUCUCGGCCCCGUUCCUAUGGGCGUGGCCAUUAAGACCCCCCACAUGGGAUUUCCCCCUCGACAUUACCACCCUCAGGCACGCUAUUUCAAUAAGGACUUUGCCACGCGGCUUCCCCUGAGGAAGCGUGAAAAUGAGCAGAGAGCAGCGGCCAGCACAGAUAAGCAGCCUGGAGGGAGCAGCAGCAGGGAGGGCGAGGCCGACGAAAGGCCCGCAGACACAGAGCAGAGAGCGGAGGUGCUGGAUGGACACGAGCCCACGUCCGAGGAGCAGCAGGGAGAACCAGCCUCUAAGAAGCAGAAGACUGAAGGGUCUGAGGCUGAAGUAGAGGAGCUUCCAGGGGCAGACAGCGGUGCAAGGCCAGAUUAUGAUGGCCUGGAAGAGGAAACAGAGCCUGGAGACUGCCUCCUGCUGGAUGAGGGGGGAAGUACAGCUGGCACAGAGGCAGUGGAAUUUGUGGAAGAAAGCAGAGCGACCGAGGUGUUGGGCGUGGGGGCGUCCCUCAAGGUCACCAUCCAGCAGAGCAGCGAGAGCCGUGCCUUCAGCACGGGGCUGGAGGAGCUGUGUGGGCCCACUGGGGGGGCCGCGGUCAGCCAGAGCGACAGCAAGGACUCCGCCAGAGAGGGGGGCAGCAAGUUCUUCUGCUACAUCUGCAACAUCACUUGCCACAACCAGCAGAACUUCCAGAGCCACAUGAACGGCUUGGCCCACCAGCAGCGCAUGAUGGAGAUCCAGCACAUGAGCAAUGCCUGCCUGGUCACCCUGCUGCCCCGCGUCCAGGACUCCCUGCAGGGCAGCCGCAAGGAGGGGGAGUGGAAGCCGGCUCUGCAGCGGUGGUGUACAACCUGCCAGAGCCACUUCUCUGGAGACCUCAUCGAGCACCGCAGGACCAAGGAGCACAAGCUGUCCAAGCACUCGUCGCGGCCCUUCUGCACGGUCUGCAGACGCCACUUCAGGACCCCCCGCAAGUUUGUGGAGCACAUGAAGUCACCAGAGCACAAGCAGAGGGUGGAGGAGCUGCGGGAGGAUGGUGGACCGGAGGUCCUGGAGGAACUGAUUACCGUAGAUGCGGUGGGAUGCUUUGAAGGAGAGGAGGAUUAUGAGGAGGAGACCAAUGAGGAGGAGGAAGGGGAAGAGGAGGCCCAAAUCCACUCUCAGAUAGAGCAGGCAGGGCAGCCGGCCCAGAAGGAGGUCGCUCUGGAAGACAUGGCGGACGACGAGCAGUACAACUCGGACACUCAGUACGGCUCCAGCUUCGUCGUCCCAGUGGCUGGCUUCCUCUGCAGGCUUUGUCACAAGUUCUACCAUUUUGAGUCCACAGCCCGGCUUUCACACUGCAAGUCCCUCACUCACUUUCAGAACCUGCAGAAGUACAGGGCUUUAAGAAAUCAGGAGGACAAUGUCACAGAGGAUCCAGCAGAGUCAGGAAGCUGCAGAAGCACAACAGAAGACCACGGAGCCCAAGAUGAAAUCGCACACGAUGAGAAGGACAAGGUUAGUGGCGAGAUGAGUGAUGGCUGCACCACGCCCGCCUCGGAUUGCAGCACUCUCGUGAGCCGCAUAUCCUCAGCUAGUCCUGAUGACGCACCUGAAAAGCCAGAUGGUUCCAGACAAGGCGCAGUGCUGCAUUUGGAGAGCCGGAGCUGCAGUGAUGCUGUUUUGCCAAACCCCUCUGUCACCAGACAGGCCUCUGUGAGAACCUGCUCCAAAGAGAAGAUACCUGAGCUUGCUAUAAAUGAGCCAGUAGGGUCUGAGGAGGACAAGUUCACAGCUAGAGCAGAGACUUCCGAGGGAGGGGCCCCUCUCAUCACGGGCAACAGAGUAGAGAAAGAUCUGGCCCAGGCAGAUCCACAGCCAGAUGCCACUGGCCAGGAUGUGGAUGGGGAGGAGAGGUCAGCAGCGGGAGAGCAGGAGGAUCAGGUGGGGGAGGCCGAAUCUGUGGCUGAAGACAAGCCGGCCGCAGGACGCAAACAGGCAGCUUCGAGGAGGAGGUCAGCCAGGACCUCGCGGAGACGCUAAGGCUGGCUGAGCCAGGAGCUGCAAGCACAGAUCUCCACCACCAUUACAGGGCAUUUCUGAUGGGUCACUGGGGGAGGACAAAGACGGAUCCUCGCCAACACGCAGCCCAUCGACUGACACACCAACCGCCGAACCGGGAAGCUGUGUAUAACCUGCAUCUGCUAUUAAGGACUUUUCGAAUAGAUUUUUAAUACAGGAAGGAGAAGCCUGUCGAUUUUAAUGGACCCGUUCACUGGGUAUAUUUUACAAUUCAAAGGGAAUGGAGGUGUAAUCCUCAUGGUUUAGUUUACUAGCGUGACUGAAACCUUGAAGUGUGAUGAAGAAAAGAAGUAUUGCAUGUAACUCCCAGUUCAUGUAUGUGCUCAUCUUCAGUGUGAUGCAGAGCGUUGGUGGGGAAGGGAGACGCACUCACUGAACUGAGCUGCAUGCUUUUUUGUGAACUUUAGAAGUAGGCGCAUUCAAACGGAAGGUCCAUCCAUAUGACCGGUCACCGUUUUACUUAAAAAGAAGCUUCUGGAAAAAAAAAAAAAAAAGAUGUUGAUUCUGCUGUUGUCUGAACGUGGAGUGUAAUGUUUCGGAGUCCAGCUUGCUGUUAUCUCUCAGCACUCAGGCAGGGAAUUCAGGAACUGUGAAUAAAAAUGUCCCAGGUUUUCAUUUAAGAUGUAAAAUGUAAGAGGAGUAUCACUCGGCCGCAGUCCCCUGACAUUUCUGCUCCCUGAAACUGAUUCCAGCAGAGUAGUGUUUUAGCGAUGAGUGUUUGAGCGAUGGUUAGGAGAGCAUUUUAUAGCUUGGAGAUGUUCUGCUCUUGGGAGACGUUUGGAGAAACACGAGCUGCUCUUCAUCCUACUCGUGCUAUCAGUCAUUCCCAACAGUGAAGUCAAACAUGAAUAAUUAGUGUAUGUGACUGCUGGAGGUAUUGAGUGUCCGCAUUGGGAAACUCCAAGGGGGUGGCUCACUGAGAGGAGAUGGCGGACUUCCACACUGCUAACGUUUUCACGCGCCCAGUGCCUUUCUUUCAUUGUGCAGGUAGAAGUUCUUUUCUAGCUUUCUAUGGAGACCAUCAGCGUUGUCCUGAAAAUCAGAUGACCACCACCAGUAAUGAGAAUCGUCUGCUUUUUACUGGUUUACUACAACUACUGUCAGUACUUUGGUGGAUAGCGUAGUGUAGCCUGAUAACAGUGACUCUCGGUAAUUAUAAAGUGCUCUCUACAUAAAAGUAUUUGUCAUACCUGAACUCCCAAUCUUAAAUUGGCAAAGUAAAUCAAUUUAACUUAUUCUAAUAAGAAACUGGGAAAGAACAUCAUUUCUGGUUUGGGGCCAUUAAAGUAGUGUGAUACACAUAACUAUUUGUUGUUAAUUACAUUGCAAUUGGGAAACUGAAUUUUUGAAUGAAUAAUAGAAUGAAUUAAUGAAAUAACCUUUUACAUACUUGAUGUACCUUUACCUUUAUUUCUUAAAAGAUGUAUAGCCUCUAACUACUUAGAUUCAGCUGCUAGAUAAAUGUCGUAAUUGCGUAGUUAAACGCCAUUCUUCAAAAAUGAGCUUGACUUCUAAAAAGACCACGUGUAUAGAGGCACCCAAUCCAGCUAAUCUAGGGGCUCCACUCAGUUCCUGUGCUUUGCUCUUUGAUUUGAAUCGGUCAUUAAAAAUGAAUUUAUGGUCUAGAAGAUGUUGGAGUCCAACCUGUAACAGUCAGGCUUGGACGUCAAUACACAAAUCCAGAAAGGUGCUGAAGUUAUAAUCCCGUUUGUAUUGCAGAGGCUGACAAAGAGGUUUUACUCCUUGCUUGCAGGUUAUAAAGGCGUUCCUGAAACGACUGAAUGAACUUGGUAUUUCUAAUAUGUUGAUUUAAGAUUGUUUGGUAAUUUGUGAAUAUUUAAGCUGUCUUCAGCAUGGAAUACGGUGAGUCACGCAUUUGAAUCAAGCGACAGUUCAGUGCUGCUCUCACGCAGGAGCCGAGCGGCAUGAUUUUCAUAAGAACCACUUAUUUUCCUAUAAUGUUUAUUUUUUUCCUUCAAACUGUAAAACAAAAAAUGGAAACAUUUUCGUUUUUAUCAUAUGGAAUUAUUUGUUUGAUUUUAGUUAAUUAAAGUAUUUGGUGAUUUGUU